CUACCAUACUGUAUUCGUGCUUGUACAUAUGACAUUCAGAUCAGUUUUACUCUGAUCGGUCAUUUCUGCUCUUCGUUCUGGCGCUGCAUCACCAAACCGGCAUUCAGUCUUCUUCAUUCUCCCGAAAACUUUCCUCCCAAAAUCAACAAUGGCAGCCCCUAAACUCUAUUAUUUUGACGGACGUGGAAGAGGAGCAAUAGUACGUUUAACGCUGGCCGCGUGUGGCAUCAAGUUCACGGAUGAACUUCUGACAGAAAAAGAGCAGAUUGAAAAAUGGAGAUCAGAUGGACUACUCCUGUUUUCACAAGUGCCAAUGUUGGAGAUAGAUGGCCUGAAGCUGGUUCAGUCAGGGGCCAUUGUUCGGUACAUAGCAGGUAAAGAAGGGCUGCUGGGGUCAUCACACGAGGAGACGGCCAGAAUCAAUAUGCUGUUCGAAGGAUCACGGGACUUUCUGUCCUACUUCUUCAUGUACAAACCUGGUCGAGGAUUUGUGGACAUACAGGAGGUACUGGGUGACGCUUCAGCCAAGGCUUUACCUCGUUACCUGCCAGUAUUUGAUAAGGUUUUAAAAGAAAACGGAAGUGGUUUCCUUGUAGGCGACAGUUUGACUCUGGCAGAUGUUGGUCUUUUAGAACCGAUUCUCUCUGUUCUUGACUAUUAUGGGGAAGAAGCUCUGAAAAAUUACCCAUCUCUUCAGGAGUUUCACAAGAAGGUGACGUCUCUGCCGAACAUGGCUGAGUUCCUGGCAGGGCCACAACGGAGGAAGCCUAAUGAUGACGUGUAUAUGUCAACAGUGACCAAAGUCCUCUUUUCAUAACUCGAGCUCUUAUCGUCAUCUCGACAGAAUUACACAAUUUAGUUUGACCGAAUCAUCAAGGUGUUCGUGACUGAAGUUCCAUAAGAAUAAUCACUUAUCAGUUGCUCGCAUGUCACGAAUGCAUAGAAAGUACGUGCGUGAUUUGAAGAACGUGGAAUAUGACCAGAGAUAAAUGUAUUGCACAUUUGAUCUGCCAUCUUAAAUAUAUUGUGGAUUAAAAUACCUUUGAAAUUGCGAGACUGCAGACACGGAGGCAUGUAUGCUUCUCGUCAUCCUGUUAUGUGCAAGUCAGUCAGUAUCAAUGCAGACAACAAAUUAUAUUAAUAAUUAUUGGUUGUCUAUUUUACUGUUGACUACCUAUCCGUGUAAAACACAGUGCGGUGGUACUAUUUUCUAUAUAACGUCUUGAAGUACA